ACCGAGGGGCUGGAGAUGGCCAGACUGACGGAGAGAGAGGCGAGGAGGCAGCAGCAGCAUCCCCCGCAGCAGCAGCAGCCCCGAGCCUGCCCCAUGAGCGGCCCCGAGUCCCCUGCUCAACAAUCAGACAGUAUGAAGGACCUGGACGCCAUCAAAUUGUUCGUGGGGCAGAUUCCUCGUAACCUGGAGGAGAAAGACUUGAAGCCUUUGUUCGAGCAGUUCGGCAAAAUCUACGAGCUAACGGUGCUGAAAGACCGCUAUACAGGCAUGCACAAGGGCUGUGCCUUCCUCACAUACUGCGCCAGAGAUUCCGCCAUCAAAGCACAAACGGCCCUCCACGAACAGAAGACUCUUCCAGGGAUGGCACGUCCCAUCCAGGUGAAGCCGGCAGACAGCGAGAGCCGAGGGGGUGAUCGCAAGCUAUUUGUGGGGAUGCUUAGCAAACAGCAGUCUGAAGAGGAGGUGACCAGCAUGUUCCAGGCUUUCGGGUCAAUCGAGGAAUGUUCUGUACUACGAGGUCCUGAUGGGAGCAGCAAGGGGUGUGCUUUUGUCAAAUUCUCAUCCCAUGCAGAGGCACAAGCAGCAAUACAAGCACUUCAUGGUAGUCAGACUAUGCCUGGGGCCUCAUCCAGCCUGGUUGUCAAGUUUGCUGACACAGACAAGGAAAGAACACUGCGGCGUAUGCAACAAAUGGUUGGUCAGCUGGGAAUCUUCACACCUUCCUUGGCACUUCCCAUUAGCCCAUACAGUGCAUAUGCACAAGCGCUCAUGCAACAACAGACUACAGUACUGUCCACUUCGCAUGGGAGCUACUUGAGUCCCAGUGUGGCAUUUCCAUCUUGCCACAUUCAGCAGAUUGGAGCAGUCAAUUUGAAUGGGCUCCCAGCUGCACCCAUCACUCCAGCAUCAGGACUACAUUCUCCCCCUGUCAUUGGAACGGCAGCUGUUCCAGGCCUUGUUGCCCCAUUAACCAAUGGUUUUCCUGGCCUUGUACCUUUUCCCAGCAGCCACCCUGCUCUGGAUACUAUAUAUACUAACAGUAUUGUACCAUAUCCUGCCCAGAGUCCUUUGACGGUGGAGAGCUUGCAUCCAUCAUUUACAGGGGUACAGCAGUAUUCAGCAAUUUAUCCAACUGCAACCCUCACUCCAGUGACACAUAGCACUCCACAACCACCUCCCAUCCUGCAGCAACGGGAAGGGCCAGAGGGCUGUAACCUGUUCAUUUAUCACCUGCCCCAGGAGUUUGGGGACAAUGAGCUGACUCAAAUGUUCCUGCCUUUUGGAAAUAUAAUCUCCUCCAAAGUGUUUAUGGACCGGGCAACAAACCAGAGCAAGUGUUUUGGUUUUGUCAGUUUUGAUAAUCCAUCCAGUGCUCAAACAGCCAUUCAAGCCAUGAAUGGCUUCCAGAUAGGGAUGAAGAGGCUGAAAGUCCAGCUAAAGAGGCCUAAGGACACAACCCAACCAUACUGACCACCAGCAUCCCAUGGGUCCAAGGGGCCCAAUCCAGUCAUGCAGGUACACAAAGGACCUUUGACCCCUGAAUCCGUCCAUAGAGGAUUAUGGGAAACAAGACUUUUAACUACUAAACCCUCCCAUUCACCCUCAAGCCUCUUGAUCUUUGCCCCCACCUACCCCCAAGGACCAAAAUGUGGCAGUGGGGUGAGCAGAAAGGACCAAGCUACCUAAACACCAAGGGUGUAUCUUGUGAGUGUUCUAUGUCUGUCUGCUGAAUGCCCUGGGGUCAUUGCUAUUUAUGAAAUGAACUAGCACCCAAUGACCCCCCUUCAAAGCGACCAAAGGGGGGAGGUACUGGGCAUUCCUCAUGAAAGAGACACUUGGAGUGGCAACCCACCUCCCCCCCACAUCAACAUGGCUACAGAUUUGCAGUGCGAAGAACUAUCUGUUUAUUAUUUAUAUGAACAUAUUUAUUUAUUGGGGAGGCUUAGUUAACCCCUACACACCCCUUUCUGCUGCCUGAAGGGCUUGGAAGGUGAGGUGGUGGGGUUAUAGCAUCUUUAUAUUUUUGUCUCGUUUCGAUUUUCUGUUUGCGGAGGACAGGGUGUUCUGGGUGAACAGGAACGGAGGAGAGCAGAGUUCAAAGGUCAUGUUUACAAAGACCCUUUUCCCCAUUUCAGGGCCAAACAGCAUGCUCUGCUGCUCUUACCCCUGGCCUUCACAGAAAAAGGGCUGGACUAUGUAAUCCGCUCCCAACCUUGAUCCGCAACAUUCCUAGCCAGGAAAGAGUUAACUCAACCAGUGUUGCUUAGCUGGGAGAAUCUGCAGGGUGACACUGGAUCUGCUGGUCAUAUCUCCAUCACCUCCACACAGAGUAUUAUGCCUCUCUUUCUCUCUUUCUUGGGCUAAUUAACAGGUUAAAGGGUCUCUUGUCACUCACUAACUUGAGGGUCCAGAUACUUCAUAUCACAAAGAAGCUGCCUGCGCCUGCAUGAAGCAGAAAUGUGCUGCACUGCAUAAGAGUACUGAGUAUCUUUCCAUAUGCUGCUCUCCUUUUUUAUAACCUUUAGUAUGUGCUUCCCCUUCCUUUGAAAUGGCAUACAUACAGUAUUAGGGCAAGGUGGAAGAAAAGGAAGUUUAAUAUCUGGGAAAAAUAUAGAUAUCUGGGGAUAUUUUAUUGGAAGGAGAAUGUUGAUAUCUGUGGCAUGCAGUGUGAAGUUUCUCCUUUAAAGUAAGGUUAGCUGAUUUUCCUGUUAAAUUCAAUCUGAUUUUUAUUGGCAGUUAGCAAAGUUUGAAUGUCCCAGAGAUUUGUCUUAGUAUUUUCAUACAUACAUGUAGCACAAGUUAGAAAAUGUAUUAGGGGGACCAAAUUAAAAAAAAUGCUAACCUUUAAAGGGAAACUAUAGUUAUGGUACCAGCUGCUCUUUUACCGAUAUAACUACAUAUGUUAUAGCAUAUAUGAAAAUUUAAAAAACAAAACAAGAAGAUAUUUGAAAGUGGGAACAGAGCAUUCUAAUCUGUUAAAGGGGUAGUAUGCCUCUUUAACUUGAGUUCACUAUAGAGGGCUUGUGUUGAACAUACUCUCUUAUACUUUUGUUUUUAAUUUCAUGAGUUAAAAAGGACAAACUGGGUAAACUAAAGCUACUCCAUGUCUUUCUUGCAAGAAAAGUAAUUAGAUUAUCAGUAUA